AUGUCCACCAACGCCGCUGAGCACACUGAAGCAGUUGCUGCUGCCCCGGUUGAUGCUACUGCUCCCACUGCUGUCGAGAACAUGACUGAUGCACUUGCCAACACCACUAUCUCUGAUGAGACCAGUGCUGCCGAUGCUGCUCACGCUGCCUCUGCUGCUGAAGGCAGGAGACUUUACAUCGGAAACUUGUCUUACGCUACCACUGAUGAAGAGCUGAAGGCUUUCUUCUCUGGGUUUGAAAUUGAAUCAUCAUCUAUCCCGACAAACCCACGCAACGGCCGUCCAGUCGGCUAUGCCUUUGUCGAUCUCACGACAAAGGAGGAAGCCGAGCGUGCUAUCGCGGAGCUCAGCGGAAAGGAGGUUGCAGAGAGGAAGGUCAGUGUCCAGGUUGCCAGGAAGCCUGGAACUGCCUCUUCCAGGAGGGAGGCCUACAACGACCACUCGGACGAGCAACAGCAGGAGGAUGGUGAGCACCAGCAGCAGGGUGGGAGGAGAGGUGGUAGGAACUCUCGCAGGGGAAGAGGACGUGGCGGCAGGGCUCGCGGUGGUAACCGUGCCAACUACAAUGCCAGCGGUGAGGCUACUGCAGACGAGGGGACCACCCCCACUGCCAAUGUGCUCCCUCUCACCGAGGCUACAAACACCACUGAGGCUCCUAGCUCUGGUGAUGCACCCGCUGCCCCCACUGGGCCUUCCGCUGAGGGAGACAAUUCCAACUUCAGGGCCAGAAGGAGAGGCCCCCCCGAGAACGGCGUCCCCAGCGCUACCAAGGUCAUGGUUGCUAACCUGCCGUAUGAGCUGACCGAGGACGAGCUCUUAAAGCUCUUUGCGGAUUAUAAACCGGAGAGUGCCAAGAUUGCCCUCCGUCCUAUCCCCCGCUACAUGGUUCGCAAGCUCCAGUUACGCGGAGAACCCCGCAAGGGCCGUGGUUUCGGUUUCGUCACCCUUGCCUCUGAGGAGAUGCAGAAGAAGGCUGUCAGCGAAAUGAACGGCCGCACGGUCAGCGACAGAGAGAUUGCUGUCAAGGUCGCCAUCGAUAACCCGAAGAUUGAGGGAGAGAUCGAAGAGGCCAAGAAGCAACAGCAGCAACAGCAGGAAGGGGCACAGGAGGCCAAGAAUGAAGAGACCAAGGAGAAUGGCGUUGCCGAGACCUUGCCCACUGCUUGUUGA